AUGUACAUUGAUGAGUGUGAGUUGUUCCACAUGGGUCAGGCUGGCCGGCUGUGUUUACAUGCCUGUGUUAACACCCCUGGAGGCUACCGCUGUACCUGUCCCGCUGGAUACAAUGUCACCCGCGACGGACGCAACUGCAAAGACAUAGAUGAGUGUUCCACCAGACUGAAUAACUGCACCCGGGAGCAGAUGUGUAUAAACACCUACGGAGGGUUCCAGUGUGUACGUGUGGACUGCCCCCGCAUACGAAACGCCACCUACAGCAAAACCUCACCCCUGCGUUGUGAGCGUAACCCCUGCUCUGUGGACAACAAGGUGUGCUCUCAGGCCCCUAACUCCAUCUCCCACCACUACCUGUCUGUUGUAUCCAACCUGUCAGCACCACGCACCAUGUUCCGUGUGUCGGCCCUCCGCCUCAUGGGCGACACGUUGCGUUUCUCCCUGCUGGGCCGCGGGCAGGCCAGACGCCACUUUACAGUGCAGCGGUCGGACCGCCAGACAGGCCAGCUGGUGCUGGGGAGCCCGGUGCAAGGACCUGCUACACUGGAGGCAGAGGUGGAGAUGACCGAGCUGGAGAAAGGGGUCCAGCUGGGCCGGUACAUCACCAAGAUCACCAUGUUCAUCUCCCAGUACGAGUUCUAGAUCACCAUGUUCAUCUCCCAGUACGAGUUCUAGAUCACCAUGUUCAUCUCCCAGUACGAGUUCUAGAUCACCAUGUUCAUCUCCCAGUACGAGUUCUAGAUCACCAUGUUCAUCU